UUGUCUUCCGCCGCUGGUAUUCACGUGGAGGAUCCUCGAGCGUCAGUGCUCGUGCUGCUGGAAGGGACACGAGGAAAGACCCAAAAAUGACGCAGUUAGACGGUGUAAUAAAACCCAAGACAAAGCGCGCCAAGCGUUUCUUGGAGAGCAGAGCGCCCAAGCUGAGUGAGGAUGUGAAAACUGCCAUGAUCAUGAAAGGAGGGAACACCAGUCAAACCAUCACACAGGCCCUCAAGGACAUAUAUUCAUUGAAGAAGCCCAGUGCUGUGCUGUACAAGAAGAAGAACAUAACGCGGCCGUUUGAGGACUCAACGUCACUGGAAUUUUUCUCCAAGAAGACCGACUGCUCUCUGUUUCUGUUCGGCUCCCACAACAAGAAACGACCCAACAACCUUAUAUUUGGUCGUCUGUUUGACUUUCAUGUGCUGGAUAUGAUCGAACUUGGAGUUGAGAAGUUUGUCUCUCUGAGUGAUAUCAAGACCAGCAAAUGUCCUGAGGGGACCAAACCGAUGCUGGUGUUUGCAGGGGAAGCUUUUGACACAGACAACGAACACAAACGUCUGAAGAGUCUGCUCAUAGACUUCUUCAGAGGUCCCACUGUGUCUGCGGUGCGUCUGGCAGGUCUGGAACAUGUGCUGCACUUCACAGCCCUGGAUGGGAAAAUCUACAUGCGCAGCUACAAGUGUCUGUUGAAGAAGUCUGGGUGCCGCACGCCGAGGAUCGAGCUCGAGGAAAUCGGCCCAUCGUUUGACUUUGUCAUAAGAAGAACACAUCUGGCCUCAGAUGACUUGUACAAGUUAUCUCACAGACAGCCUAAAGCUCUGAAGCCCAAGAAGAAGAAGAACAUUUCCCAUGAUGCCUUUGGCACCAAGUUUGGCCGGGUGCACAUGCAGAAGCAGGAUCUGUCCAAGCUGCAGACACGUAAGAUGAAGGGCCUGAGGAAGAGGAGGGGAGAGGUGGUCGCUGAAGAGCAGGCCGGACAGGCACCCAAAGUGGCCAAAGUGGAGAGCUGAGGUCACUUCCUGUCCACACAGAUGACUGUCCCGUACCUGUCAGUGUCCAUCACUGUAGGACAGGACAGUCACCUUGUUUGUAAGACUGAUCGUGCGCUCAUUGUUGCCAGAUUUUACUGUCAGUGCGGCUCCAGGCACAGAGGAGGCAGAUUCUUUAUCGCUGCCUCUUUUGUUCCUGUCCUCUUUUCCAUGUGACUUUAAGAUACGUGUUUGUCCUGAGCAUAAUGAGCUCGCUGGAAAAACCACGCGAGCAUCAGGAAAAAAAGUCCAAGAAAUGUGACCUGAUGGCAGUUGCAAGGGAAGUCUGCCUGGAAUUUGCAGAAUUUUCUUGUAUAAGUGAGUAAUUUCACUGGCAUGACUCACUUUAAGAAAAUAAAUCCAGCUCUAAACUAUAUCAGGCUGUUUAGAGCUUUUUAGAAAAAGUUGUCUUGUAUUGGUUGAAGAGGUCCGCACGCCGGUGAGCUCCCCUUAAAGGAUUUUAUUCUGUGAAAAUAAAUGAUGUUUUGAGCUAAAAACGCUCUUCCUCAGA